GGCAUGCAGUAAGAGGUUCCGCGUCGAAGCAGCAGCACAGUAACCAUCAGUGACUAGUUACCACCUGGAGCAGUUACUAAACCCGAAACGGAUAUAGCCGAAAAAAAUCAUUAAAAACUCACCCGAAUAUGCAGUCCAGUUGUGUGUUAGUGGUCGUCUUAGCCUUGGCUGGCCUGGUGGCCGCUCGUCCCGAGCCACCGCGUGAUUCGUACAGUGCGCCCCCCUCCAGCAGCUAUCAGCCUAGUGGGCCCAGCGGAGGCUACGGCGCCCCAGCGCCCCAGUACGGUCCACCCCAGCAGCCGCCGGUGGUCCAUAAGCAUGUCUACGUCCAUGUGCCACCACCAGAGCCGGAGUACCAGGCACCCAGGAAACCCCUGUACGUGCCUCCUCCCCAGAAGCACUACAAGAUCGUGUUCAUCAAGGCGCCAUCGCCACCUGCCCCCACUGCACCUGUAAUCCCUCAGUUCCCGCAAAACGAGGAAAAGACUCUGGUGUACGUGCUGGUCAAGAAGCCAGAGGAGCAGCCCGAGAUCAUUAUCCCGACGCCAGCUCCCACCCAGCCCAGCAAGCCGGAGGUGUACUUCAUUCGCUACAAGACCCAGAAGGAGGAGACUGGUCCCUAUCCCAACAGUGUGGCGCCACCAGCACCCGAGUAUGGAGCACCAGCUGCCCCGCCCGCACCCUCUGCUCCGAGCAGCUCGUAUGGAGCACCUUCCCACUAAUCGAACCAGCACAUCCAUACCAAUCCGAAUUCCGAUUUGCGAAUCUCAACCCAACUCAUGGCAAACUGCAUAUCUUAUGUGUAUUAUUUUUUCUUAUCUUUCAACGACUUUAACGCGUGACAAAGUUUACCUAGUUAACGAGAACCCUCAUCUGAUCCCCGUCAUAUCUUCAUGAAUAUUACCCUCAUUGAUAAGGUAAUUCUGACCUCUGAAGUUGUUUCUAGCUAUUGUACGAGAUGUAUGUUUUCCAUCUAGGCUGUUUGUUUCAAAUUGUUUGUUUAGUCUUAAGUUUAGGUGUUUAAGCGAACGAUGCGUUAUACACUGAUACACACAAAACACUCGAUACAUUUAGCCUUAGUUGUCGAUAGAGAUAUCGAUGCCGAUACCGAUAAACGAUAUAUGAUACAUGAUACAUGAUUUUCAUCGCAAAUGCAUUUCUCUUUUCACGAUUGUUAAUAGAGAUUGUGCAAACCAAUCGAAAAGCAACAAAAAAAAAUGAUACUCAAGUAUGUACAUAUGUGUUAGAAAUCAAAACAUCAAUGGCUAAAUAAAAGUUUAACGAAUUAUCAGUA